AGGAGCUGGUCGGCCCCAUGGAGGGCGCCCUGCGCUUCGCCCUGGCGGUGGCCGCCGUGGAGCGCCUGGUGGAGAGCAGGGCCGUCGAGAAGACGCGCGGGCUGGAAUUUCUGCGCCUCGGCGGCCAGUGCAUCACCGCCCUGGAGAAGUACGCGGCGCCGCGCGCCUACGAGAUGUACCUCAAGAAGCGCGCGGAACGGCACUCGUGGCGCCUCGUGAAGGAUGACUUCCGCACGCGCUGCAUCAUCCGCCUGUGCAUCCUGGCGAGGCUGGAGGAGACCGCCGACUGGUUGAGGAUGAACGCCAUCUUCGACGGCCUGCCGAAGAAGGAGCAGCAGGUCCUGGAGUCCGAGGUCGGCCGCAAGGACGGGGUGAACGAGAUGCAGACGUACGUGAUGUUCGGCGCGAGCGCCCUCCUGGAGCAGGCCUGGGCCAAUGCGGCGGUGGGGGCGGGCCCGGCGCUGCUCCUGCUGGCGCGCAUCCUGCAGGACGCGGCGCGGGCGUGCGUCCGCCUGGCGAACCAGCAGAUGGUGCCGCUGCACAUGGAGUGCCUCGGCGCGCGCGCGCGGCAGCACUGCGCAGGCGGCGUUCCGUUUGAGGACACGCCGUUCGCGCUCGAGGAGGGGCUCCCCAACGAGAUGGUCCUCAAGGUGGUAGGUUAGCCGGGCGUCCGCUGUCUCCCGCUGCGCCUCCUGCUGCUGCUGAUCCGCCUCGUGCUCCUCUCGCAGUCAGGGCGCCGGAGUGAGGAGCUGUUUGCGUUCGGAAGGGGCUCGAUGUUCCUUUGGCCCUUCCAUGGCUGAUUCUCUGGCGCUCCUCGUGCACCCAGGCGUUUCUAGUGCCAAAAAGGGGCUUCUUUCCAGAUUAGCGUUCCUUAUCUCAGCAGCCCGACUGUACUCCUUCUGUCCUCCCCCCCCCCCUCACUUCGCAUCCGCCGUACUCUGGUCGAUUUUCA